UACCAUACACAUAGAAAUUACUUCAUAUAAAAAUAUUUUAUAAUAAUCAUUCAUAGAUUAAACUCAAUUUUAUUUGAUUGGUACAAUUAUUGCUAGGAACCUUCUGAACAUUUUGUUUCUAGGCAAUGGCGUAAAAUUAUUAAAUGUAUUGUAAAUGUUCGUAUUUUAUGUUUAUCAUUUGUUGAAAUAUCCAAAUUAAAAACAUUUUUUGUAAUAAAUAACAAUUAUUAUAUAUUAUGGGAGCAAUAUUUUUUUUAAAUUUACUAAUAAAAGUAUACGGAAAAUCAUCUUCCGUUUGCACAAAUAUUGUCGAUUAUUGGUUAAAAUUAAAAAUUAACAGUCAUUCUGUACAACUACGAUAGCGAUCAACAAAAAUGAAACUGAAUGAGCUCGUUUAUUGGUAUCAAAAAAAAAUUGGUACCUAUGAUAAGCAACAAUGGGAAAAAACUGUGGAACAACAUAUUCUUGGAGGAUUUACACAUGUACCAAUGAGAACUGCAAAAUUAAAAACAGAACUUAUUGAUGUAGAUCUUGUACGAGGUUCUUCUUUCCCAAAAGCUAAACCAAAACAUGGAUUAUCAACAGUGGCUUGUUUAGCACUUCAGCGUUUAUUAUUUCUUCCUUUAUAUAGGAAAUGGUGGAUACAACAAACUAGUUUAAAAAUUUUUACUUUAUUUUUAUUAUUAUAUAGUUUGCAGUUAAUCAAUAUGUGUAUAUAUUUUUGUCAAAUGAUGAAGGACAAUGAAAGUGAUAUUAUAUCAACAUCAGAAGUAUUAAUACCUCUUAUUAUGAUGUUGACCUUAUGCAUUGUUCAUUCUCAUAUUGUAUCAACUCAUUCAGGACCAAUGAUAGGUGAUGGACAAAAUAAAAAAAAAGUAGUAAGACGUUUACGACAUACUAGAUGUCGAAUGGGUAAAUCAAGGACAAGACAAAACUUGCGUUUGCAUGAGGAUUCUAAAUCAUCUCAAGAUACAGCAUCUGAAAAAGCUAGUACAGUAAGUGAUGAAGUAUUAACAUCUGUACGAUUUGCUAAAAAAGUUGUAAUUGAAAAUUCUUUGACUGUCAACCGAUCACAGGAAUUUGUGACUGUUCAAGCAUUUUGUAAUAAUGACCCAAAUGUGACUGUAAACAAUCCUUUAUCCAUAAAUGAGGCUUCAACUAGUCAUACUCAAUCAAAUGAAGUUCCAGAUCAAAGUAUGAAACAUGUACAUCAAGAUGAUGAUGGUUUUGAAAGUUUAAAUGGAAAUGUAUCUAGUGAUAAUGAUAAAAGUACUACACAAGCAACAGUAGAGAAGCUUAAACAAAAAAGGGAUUUACUUAAAAAUAACGAAGAACGUAUUCUUUGGUUAGAAGAUUCUACAAAUCAACAAGUUUUGCAACCAAAAUUUUCAGCAUCUGAAUUGUUAAAAGCACGAGACAAUUCUUCAAAUAGCGAACCAGAAACUUCUAAUAAGAUGGAUAAAGAUCACUGUCUAAUGGGAAUAGGAUCAAGAGAAGGACACCAACAAUGUGAAAGUGAAGAAGAAGGAGAAUGUGAAGAAACAGUUACAAAUCAUUUAACAGAAGCUACAACAUCUGCAACAGAAUGGAUGGGAGUGACUACAAAUAGUGAUGAAUGUAGUUACAGUUCAGAACUUGAAGAAUCUGAUCUACAUAGUGAAACUAAUAAAAAUUAUGGAGAAUUUGUUGAAUAUCCUUUUUCUUGGGAAUUUGAAUUACCACCUUCAAUGAUGCUUAGCUCUAAUUGUGCUUCGUAUGAUCUCUCAUGUACUAUAUGGACACGACGUGAUAUAAAAAAAGCUGAAUUAUCGGUGUUGGACAUCAGUUCGGCUAUUAUUGCUAGAGUAGAAUCAAUGCCUGAAAGUAUGAAUUACUUUUAUGGAGGUCUAAUGCUUAGUGUGGUAUUAUCUUUAAUACCAUCUAUCAAACGAUUGAGCGAUCAUGUUGGGAUGGAUAAUAGUAGCAAUGUAACUAAUUCCUUAAUACCAAAUGAUUUAACUUAUGUCAAUUUGGAAACAUAUAGCGAUAUUUUAUCUAAAGUUAUAGAUUUGGCAUUUGGAACAACUCUUUGGGAACGUACUGUAGUACUUAUAUCAGCCUUUGAAAGACUUAUAUUAUCCUCUUUAUUAUUUUUUUUAUUAGCAGUUGCAGAACGUACUUACAAACAAAGACUUUUAUAUGCAAAAUUAUUUUCACAUUUGACAUCAUCAAGACGUGCCAGAAAAUCUGAUUUACCGCAUUUUCGAUUAAAUAAAGUACGCAAUAUAAAAUUAUGGUUAAGCGUUAGAUCUUAUUUAAAGAGAAGAGGACCGCAACGUUCUGUAGACGUAAUAAUAUCAGCAGUAUUUAUUGUUACCUUAUUGUUGUUAUCAUUUGUAAGCUUGGAAUUAAUUAAGGAUCUUGAAAGUUUGCAUUCCCGAUAUAAUGUUGAAGCAUUGUUUUGGAGUUUUUCUCUUGGAAUAUUUAUAUUACGUUUCAUGACAUUGGGUACAAAAAUUAAUAAAAAAUAUAGAAAUCUUUCUGUUUUGAUUACUGAACAGAUUAAUUUAUAUUUGCAAAUAGAACAAAAACCUCAUAAAAAAGAAGAGCUUAUGGUAGCAAAUAAUGUACUCAAAUUAGCAGCAGAUUUGAUAAAGGAACUUGAAUGUCCAUUUAAAAUAUCUGGUUUAUCAGCUAAUCCUUAUUUAUAUACAAUUACAAAAGUAGUAUUAUUAUCUGCUCUUUCAGGAGUGCUUUCAGAAUUGCUUGGAUUUAAGCUUAAGUUACACAAGAUAAAAAUCAAAUAAAAAGAGGGAUAUUAUAUUAAAUAUUCAUUUCCAUAUAACUACCUCACAAUAUUAAAUAUUUAACAAAAAUAACAAUUUUGUUUAAACAUUAAGCUAUUCUAUAAUUGUAUUUUGAACGAAUGUUCAAAAGGUGUAGUUUCAUUUUUUAAUUUCUCAAUUUAUGAAUUGAAUAUAUAUAUUACAUAUCAUUGUUAUUUCAUACAAUUAAUAGAAAUUUUAUGUUCUAUUUAACAAAUUAAAUUAUUAUAAUAUUUUCAUGUAUUAUAGUAAAAAAUAAUAGAAAGUUUUGCUCAUAAUUCUAGAUAAAUUAUAUUAUAAUAGAUUACUAAAUAUUAGAUCAAUAGUAAAUAUUUGUUUAUCUUAAAAUAAUUUUUAUCUUAUAUGCAUAUAAAAAUUUAUAAUGCUAAUAACAAAAUUUAAAUAUGAUUGUUUUGUCAAUAAUAUUUAAUGAACAAUGUAGAUAUUAAAUAUUUAUUGAUGCUUUGUAUAUAUAGGAUAUUUAAAUAUCAUAUGAACUGUAAAUAUUUCUACAAACAUUUUAAGUGCUAUAUAUAAAAUGAAAGAAUUUACAGCCACAUAUAAACACACAUAUACUUUUGAAAAAUUAUGAAUAUUACUAUUUAAAUAUAAAUUAUAUGGCUGAUUAAACUAAAUAUUUUUAUGUCUGGUUUUUUAAAAAAAUAAAAUUACAUGCAAUAAUAGUGAUUUUCGUUUUUGGUGUACUUAGAAAAUUAAUGAAAAAUAAAUAUUAAAAAAAUAAUAUCUGUAAAAAAAUGUAUGUAAUUAUAUAUCUUUUCUUCAUAGAAUGAUUUUAAAUGUAUUCAUGUAUAUUAAAUAAAAGAAAAAUUAUAAGAUCUGUAA